AUUGUUUAUGACUCAGAAUAACCAGCACUUGCUGUUGUUUUGCAUGUAAUUUUGCUGGUAAAGAAGAAGAGCUCUAAGCUAAAGAAAAAAUUAGUGUCACCUUGUGAAUACUACUUCUUUCCCUAAAUAUUCAUCUUGGCAAAGAUUCAUAUACUGGUUGCUGCUCAUUACAGCAAUUGAAGAGCGCGCUCCAUUCUGAAGUCUCGAGAAACAGAGAAAAUGCCAAUGUUUAAAAAAUACUCCAUUUACAUUUUCCUGGCCAUAGCAUCCUUUGGCAAUGUCAUUGGGACAACGUUGGCUCCUGAAGAGUGUAAAAAUACAGUCACAGGCCAGGGCUACAGGGGCUUGAAACAAGAGACUAAGGCCGGUAUACCCUGUCAAAGAUGGGACGUUCACUCGCCACAUUCGCACAUGGCUACGACCGCAGCGACAUAUCCAAAUGCCGGAUUGGAAGAAAAUUAUUGUCGGAACCCUGACCAUGAACCGGGUGGUCCAUGGUGCUAUACUUUGGCCACAACCACAAGAUGGGCAUACUGCGACGUGCCAAAAUGUCCUAACGCACCCGAUUGUAAAGAUACUAUCAAGGGCGGGGAAUACCGAGGAUUUGUGAAUACUACACGAGAAGGUUUAACCUGCCAGCAAUGGGGAGCGCAAUCUCCACAUCAGCAUUCCGUAACCAAUGCCUACUUUCCUGGCAAGGGAGUAUACUUGAAUUACUGUAGGAAUCCAGACGGAGAACCAGAGGGACCUUGGUGUUACACCACAUCGCCAAGUGUUCGCAUGCAAUACUGCAACGUUCCACUUUGCGACGAAGAAAAAGUCAUGUGUGCCGAAAUAACAUGUCAAGAGAAUGCUAAAUGUAUGAAGAUAGAUGGAACAUAUCAAUGUGGUUGUAAACAGGGCUAUACUGGAACAGCCUCAAGCUGCCAAGAUAUCAAUGAAUGCUCAAACUCUGAAUUAAAUGAAUGUUCGCAAGUUUGCAUUAACAAUGGUGGAGGCUACAAUUGCUCUUGCCAACAAGGCUAUACAUUGCAAGGACGAGGCACUUGCAUUGACAUAGAUGAAUGCUUAACUGCCAACUGUCACACCGAAUCAACUUGCACCAAUACAAAUGGAGCUUAUAGCUGUAAUUGCAAUUCAGGCUUUGUCGGUAAUGGUACAAUAUGUGAAGAUGACGACGAGUGCCUAAAAUCACCUUGCCAUUCCAAUGCCACAUGUUCAAACUCCUUUGGGUCAUUCAAUUGUUCAUGCAAGCAAGGUCUCAUUGGUAAUGGCACCGAAUGCGAAGACGUAAAUGAAUGCUUAGAAAGCCCUUGCCACGACAAUGCAACAUGCCUCAAUACCUUUGGAUCCUUUCAGUGUACAUGCAAGGAAGGCUUUUUUGGCAAUGGCACCGAAUGCGAAGACGUAAAUGAAUGUUUAGAGAGCCCUUGCCACGACAAUGCAACAUGCCUCAAUACCUUUGGAUCCUUUCAAUGUUCAUGCAAGGAAGGCUUUUUUGGUAAUGGCACCGAAUGCGAAGACGUAAAUGAAUGUUUAGAGAGCCCUUGCCACGACAAUGCAACAUGCCUCAAUACCUUUGGAUCCUUUCAAUGUUCAUGCAAGGAAGGCUUUUUUGGUAAUGGCACCGAAUGCGAAGACGUAAAUGAAUGCUUAGAAAGCCCUUGCCACGACAAUGCAACAUGCUUGAAUACCUUUGGAUCCUUUCAAUGUACAUGCAAGGAAGGCUUUUUUGGCAAUGGCACCGAAUGCGAAGACGUAAAUGAAUGUUUAGAGAACCUUUGCCACAAGAACGCAACAUGUCAGAAUAUGUUUGGAACAUAUCAAUGUACUUGCAAGGAAGGCUUUAGUGGCAACGGCAUCGCAUGCGUAGACGUAAACGAAUGCUUAAAGAACCUUUGCCAUGACAACGCAACAUGUCAGAAUACCCUUGGGUCGUUUCAGUGUAAUUGUAAGGAAGGCUUUAGUGGGAACGGAACCGCAUGCGUAGACAUAAAUGAAUGUUUAGAUAACCCUUGCCAUACUAAUGCAACAUGCACUAAUGCUCUUGGAUCUUUCCAAUGUACAUGUGCAACUGGGCUAUCUGGCAAUGGUUUUUCUGGUGAAAGCAAUUCAUGUUAUGAUGAGAAUGAAUGCUUUCAGAACCCAUGCCAUGUUGAUGCUACAUGUUUUAACACAGUAGGGUCGUUUGAAUGCAUUUGCAACAUUGGAUUUAAAGGUGAUGGAAAUAUAUGUGAAAAAGAAGUGGUUUCGACUAACGUCGAAUCAAGCUCGUUGCAAAUGCCAACAGUGACAUAUGGUUCAAAAGCAACUCAGUUUAAGGAUGUAGAGCCUACGACAGUUUCAGUGAUGACAUCAAAUGUACAAAAUUAUAGCCACCAGAUCGAGGUAAUUUUCAAAAUCGAAGACCCGGUGAUUGAAGGAAUGUUAUUGAACCUGACAGAUAAAGACAUCAUCAACGAAAUUUUGAAUCCAAUUUCAGAUCUCUAUUCCAGUUUGAAAAACGCAAUCAAGACAGAGCUCGAAAAUAAAAUACUUCCAGAGUUGGAUAACGUCACAGCUAUCACAGUGGUGUCGAUAGGAUCACCGAGCAUUGGUUUUUUGGAAGUGAAAACAACGUUUUUAUAUAAAACCAACAUAACGUACGAAAACACUGUAAUAGAAAGUUCGAUUAUGAAGACACUGAAUGGCAGCCUUGCAGGUGCGAGAAUCAUGACUAUGAAAGUAGGUGCCAGAGUUGGUAGCCGGUGCAACGACGCGUCUUGCAACAAUGCUACGGAAAUUGAGUUCAGUAAAAAAGGCUCUGAUAAUAUCAGUUUGAUAAUUGGAGCAUGCAUUGCUGCCUCGGGAUUGUUUCUUUUUGGCUUCAUGCUGUGCAGGAGCAAAAAGGGACAGAAUUUCAGGAAGCAGACCUUUGGGAGUUUUUCUGGGAGAAAUUCUGUUACCCCUUCAGAGCAUGCACUUUCAAAGCUAGGGACAGAGUCGAGUUCAAUCUGCAAAGAAGCUGACGACAACGGCUCCUUGUAUUUGGCUUAGGUUUCACGUCAUUCUUGGAGCCCCAGUGUAGAAAAACCUUGCAAUUUAGCUGCA